AUGACAGCCAGGGCGGGUCGAAAAGAGAAGAAGAAGAAGAGGGCAAGGGAAGCACUCCAGUCACCAUGGUUGAGGAAUACAGAGAGGGAGAUAAACGAAUGCAUGGUCACCCUGAAAUCAAGUAUUACGCCUGACAUGAGAGAGUCAAUGGAUGCCCUGCAUGAAAUCCUAGAAGAAAAGCUCAAGGACCACCACAACAACUUAGGAACUCUUGGAUGCCAGGAAGCCCUUGCGGAGAGGAAAAAGGUAUGCGUGGAGCUCGGACUGUUGAGAAAGGAAGACCAACACAUGGUGAAAACCCUCUUCGAAGCACUGCCAGUCCCGAGCUCGAGCCAGAGAGAAGAAAUGGAAGAGGUAUUAGAGCAAGAAAAGCCCAGAACGCCGAAUUACGUGCCCCAAGACAACCUGGAACAAUAUGGCACGCAGUCGCCGUGCACGUUCAGCUACGUUACUAGAUCUGACGACGACGACGAUGAGGAGCAGCUAUUCAUAAUGCCCUCUACAGCACCCAGAGCC